GCCCCAGGCAGACAAGGAGCUGAGCAUGGAGCCCAGGGAGGACAAAUCCCCGCAGCAGAACCUGGUGGAAGAGGCCGUUUUGAGCGGCUCCACGGUGCAGGAAUCCAAUGGGGAGGAAAAGCCCCAGAGGUCCUGCAGGAGGAGGGGCUGCAAACGCAGCCCAGGAUGCUCUGAGGAGGAAAGACCCACCCUGUGCGGGGAAGGCGGCCAGAGAUCCAGCCAGAGGUCAGAGCUGGUGGUCCAUGAGCAGCUUCACGAUGGGGAGAAGCCCCACAAGUGUGGGGAAUGUGGGAAGAGCUUCAGCCGCAGCUCUGACCUGAUCUGUCACCAGAUGAUCCACUCUGGGGAACGGCCUUACGAGUGUCCCGAGUGUGGGAAGAGGUUUCAGAGCAGCUCCAAUCUCCUCCUGCACCAGCGGAUUCACACAGAGGAGAGGCCCUUCCGCUGCCCCGACUGCAGGAAGGGUUUCUGGUACAACUCUGACCUUGUCAGGCACCGGCGCAUCCACACCGGGGAGAGGCCCUACGAGUGUCCCCAGUGUGGGAAGAGCUUCUCCAGGAGCUCAGCCUUGACCAGACACCAACGGAGGCACCACUAAGGGAAGCCCUGCGAGUGCCCCAACUGCGGGAAGAGCUUUGUCCUCUGCUCCAACUCCAUCCGCCAUCAGAGGACCCACAUUGGGAAGAGCCCUGGUGACUUACAUUCCCUGUGAUCCGUGUUGGGAAGACCCCUGGCUGGUGCUCUCCACGUUCUCCUGGAUUCCCAUAGUCACCUGGGUGAACACAGGGGCAGGAACAUCCAUCGGGACUCAGAUCAACAUUGGAAAUUCAUUGGGAAGAGCUGAUUUUUUACCUUUACACCCUAAAAUUUUCAUCUGCUCUGUCCAAUUGUUUCUUCUGGUGGCAUCAAGCAACCCUGGAUGAUCUUGGAGGUCGUUUUCAAUCUAAGUAAUUUCUGUGUUUAUCCCAUUGAAAAACCAAAAUUGGUGUAAAAAUAAAGAAAUUAAACAAAGA